ACCAUUCAUCACCUGUGCGCCGCUCUUUCCUCUGGAAAUUUGUUUUAUUCAUUAUCUUUAAUAACCUGUACAUAAAACCAAAAAAUGAAAUAAUUAAUUACUCAAUACAGGGAGAGUUAGGGAUAAGCUAGAUAAAUUGGUAUAGCACGAUGCUUUGAGAACAGAAUGCUGCUCUUGCUGGUAGAGUCAGAGUGCAGGCAGGAAGUAUAGUUAUUGGGCAGAUGAAUCCAUUGAAUAUAUCUUCUUUGCUUUGAUGUAAGGAUAUUUCUAAAACAUCAAAGCAUAGCAGAACCCAGUCAAUAAUGCAGUAAAACUUUGAUGAAAUUUUGCAACUUAACAUUGGAAAAUAUUUUCAUGGAAUGAUCUUGUAUAUAAUAUUAUAGAAAUAUAGUUUUGGAUUACCUUAUAUUUUCUGAAUUGUAUUUAGAAUUAUGAAAUGGAUAAAGGAAAGAAAGUUACAAAAUGAGAUGUAAUCAAACGUGAUGUUUAAGAUAGUGCAAAAUAAAUUGAAUAGCAUUUGUUUACAAUUUGAAGUUGAUUUGAAAAUGUCGAUCUUACUUAAUGACAUUUCACAAAAAAAUAUUGGAAUAUUACUCAAUUCUAACUCUCACUCACAAGGGUUUAUGUAUAUUAAAGCAAUAUAUUAUUAAUUAAAAGUAAGGACGCAUGUUAUUGUUACGGACAAUUUGCUUGAUACUUUUCUGAACGCUGUAAAGAUACAGCCUUUUGAAGUAACGUUGUAAAUAGCAAUUCAAAUAAACAAUUUUACAAAAUGGGACUGGUCACUUAUAUUCGCGCGUUACUCGUGCGGAUUAUGUUCGCCUGUCAUGGCAUUAUGGCAAUAUGGCGACUCUAUAUGGUGACCGGAAGUGUGUGGUGUUGGUAUCUGGGCGGAGCCCUGUUUGGACUAUUUCUCGAGACACUGAUAACCAUUGCAAAGAAGCGUGGAAAUGAAUGGAAGUGGUUUUGUCCCAGUGUGUUUUUCUACUUAGGCAGUGUGGUGCCGGCUAUAUGGUUCCUAGAGUUGCAUGAAAUGGAACAAAGAAUUGAGCUUAGACUUCAACAAACGAAUGCAAAUGCCACGAAUGUUACUAUAGAGAGAACACAAGGCAACGUAACAAAGGAAUCACUAAAUCUUAACCUUGACGAUUUUGGGCUCAGUAUUUCCAUUCCCAUAGCAUUCAGUGCUGAUUUAUGGUUGCGAGUUUUGGAACAAUUUCUCUUGUUGAUGCUAAUAGUUGGUCGGUGGAUCCUGCCCAAAGGUUCUAUAUCACACGAUCAGUUGUCUCAGCUACUGCUUGUGUAUGUAGGCACUGCAGCAGAUAUUGUAGAAUUUUACGAGGCUUUCAGCGAGGAUGAGGUAAAGUAUAACAGGCUAUUGUGCUACAUAAUAUUGGGAAUAUGGUCCUUGAGUUUACUACAGUUUACAAUGGUGUUAACUGCUUCUAAAGCGAGACGAGACCAAGUUGGCCUACCAAUGCAAAGAAAUGAAUUUGAGGAAGAUGUCGGAUGCUGUAAUCCGGAGUUGUACGGCAUCCUGACGUCAAUUUUGUUACAAGACCUUCCAUUUUUAUGUGUACGUUUGAUGUUGAUCUUUUGGUACCAUGUUGUUUCCUACACAAACAUGUUCUUCACCUCUAAGAACUCACUUGUUAUUAUACUACUUAUUUAUCGCCUUAUAGUGGUUCAUACAGAGGCAAGGAAAAAGCGGCGUAAGCAAAGGGAGUCAGUUAUCUCCCUACCUUUAUAUGAACUACAUGCAAACGGACACAAGCACAACGGUAAGCACUUGGGUAAACAGCUUCGUAAUAAAGAUAGGUCUAGAAGCACACCGAGUGUGUACCAAGGCUCAGACUCUUCUCUUCCAAGACAUAUUAAGAAAAGGGGACUUCAACAGGCUAAACACUGUCAUAGCGUCUCUAGCUUGGCGGCUAUUCCGACAAUUUCUUCAGAAACCAGCAUGAAAACAAUGACCAAAGACCGGAGAAAAAGCUUAACACCGACAGAAAGAAACAAACUUUAACACCGUUUAGUGUAAUUAGCAAUAUGAAGCCAGCAUCAAAAUUCAUUGAAUAUAAGACUUUUGAACUGUAAUGUUGUUUUAUAUAGAGAUAACUUUGUUUGACUUGAACUGGAUAGUUUAAAACGAAAACGUUUGAUAGGCAAACCGUUUUCACUUAAACCAUAUCGAAUCUUCACGCCGAUGGACCCAGUGCAUAAUUAGAGCUUUUUAUUUCAUAUCAUCUUGCAAUAUUCCAAAAGCUUUUACAAAAGGUAUGUUAGGAACUACAACAUUUAUUUAGCCUCGAACAAACAUUUUCAUAUACAUUACGUAUUCGUUUCCUUUGUGUACAGUGCACACACUUAACCAAUUGUGCACAAUUCACAUGUUUAAAUUCAAUAGACAUUCACUUUAAUUAUUGACAUAUGUUUGCUUCGGCUUUUCUUGUCCUUCCUAGAGGACAUUUGAUUAUACAUUUCUUUUUUAUUAAUUAGUUAUACUUUCCACAAAUUAUUUGACGUCAGAUUUUACGUAGAAAAUCACGUUAUAAUCCCUUCUCCUUACGUGUGAUACAUGAUAGUCGGAUUUAUAUGGGGUUUUUAUUUGUCAUUGUGAAAGUAUGUGUUUAGACCAAAAUGACACUGUGAACAUAGCAUAUACCAAGUAUUGACAAAAUCGUGUCAUUCAUGGGCAAAUUAAAUUUAACAUUAAAAUCAACAUGAUCAUAUAUGUAUUCAUGUCAUAGUUUAUCUAAAUAUAUUUAAAGGGAUACAUAUGUAAAAGUGUGGACAGACAAUAAGAACCUUUAAAUAAUUGUUGUAAACAUAUUUCUCACAUUUUACUGAUAUGCUUACUAAAAUAAUUUUUUAAUCUGACCUACGUAUGAUAAGUUUGGAUCAACAAAGUUUGAUUAUAAGAUGUUUGACUGGACAAUUUAUCAUGUUUUAUUUUGCAACUUCACACUUGGUCAUGUAGCGAUUACCAGAGCAAGAUUUAAUGAGAUUAAACAACCUUCUUUUGUUUUCUUUAAUUUAUUGAGUAAAAUAGAACAAAUUUGUCCUGGAUCUAUUUCCUGGCAAAGAAACCCAGUUAUCCCUUUAAACAUAUUUAUACAAUAUGAAUUUCCGAGAACGUCAUAUUAUUGAUACAUUGACCACCAUGUACGAGCAUUAUAAUUUUUCGUAGUUAACUUUGUAGGGAGGACACCAUUUGAUUGUGCUAAAUUUCCAUAUUUAGAGUUUGUAAUUUCAUUUACGCGCACCUAUGUGAAUUGUUGCUGAUAGUAAUGCCUUUUUAUUAGAUUGUUUUGUUGUUUCUGUUUCAAUAACUAUGACAGAAUUUAGGACAUAAAGAUAGUUUUUCAGCUUUUUAUGAUAGAGGAAGGCUCAUUUACGUCUCCAAGCAUUAUUUCAGUAGAUACUUUGGUUUGAUCUCAUGGAGAUGAGGGGCACGUGAGCGUUACCUCUAUGACAAGGAGGCCCGGGAAUUGUUGUUUUUAAAAAAUACAAAACUGUUUUCGUAUGUGAAUCUUGGUCUUAAGAUGCAUUUAUUUUCAUACUUCAUUCAUUACAUUGUGUGGAAAUCAUUACCUGGUCCGUCAAAAUCGUGUUUUCAAAAUCUCAUUCCUGUUUUUUAUGUUUGUUUUCUCGUGUGAAAAUAAAAUCAUUACUUUUUGACCAAAGUU